GGCUGUUGCUGGCGUGGCGGUUGCUGGUCGCGCAGGGAACUUUAACACGCUGGAUCCCAAAGUCCGUCUCUCUCACCUGCGCAGUUCGGAGCUGCCAUGGAUUUCGCAGCCGGAUUUACUAUCCUAAUCACACUGCCGAUCUUUCUGCAGACGAAUGGCCUUUAUAUCUCCAGUAGCAUAGAUUCCCUGCAGCAUGUUCUGGGGGACUAUGGAUUGGUGAAGCCAGUUCUUACUGAUGCAGAAGGGCGUUUUCUGUCCCAUGUGGUAUCGGUUGGUCCAGCAGUGGGGCAGAUCCGUAGGCGCUGGAGAAGAGAGGUGGCAUCGGCCGACCACGCCCACCAUGAGUCGGGAAGAGGCACGCCUGAGCGACUGUACUACAAUGUCACCGUCUUCGGCCGGGAGUUUCACCUGCGACUGCAGCGUAAUACGCGCCUGGUGGCCCCCGGAGCCAAGAUGGAGUGGCAGGAAUCUGAUGGCGCUCAUUCCAAGCAUUUGAAGAGCGACUGCAUGUAUGUUGGUGACAUUACGGACAUACAGGGAGCCUCCGUAGCUAUAAGUAACUGCGACGGCCUGGCAGGGAUGAUCAGAACUGGGCAGGAGGAGUUUUUCAUUGAGCCAGUGGAAACGGGACAUCAUGUGAUUGAGAAGGAGGAAGAGGACGGUGGCCGUUCUCACAUUGUGUAUCGUUCCGCUGCCGUGAAGAAGCCUCCUGUUAGCCCACUAGCUGCAGAUUUCCACUCCAAAGGUGCUGAUUUGGGCAGACUGUUUGACCUUGAGACUCUGUAUCAGGGUGUAGAACGCAGUAUUAACCAGAGCCGACGAGCCCGCAGACAGCUGCCCGAACGAGCCUACUACAUAGAGGUUUUGCUGGGGGUGGAUGACUCCGUGGUACAGUUUCACGGGCAGCAGAAUGUGGAGAAGUACCUCCUCACUCUUAUGAACAUCGUGAACGAGAUUUAUCAUGACAAUUCUCUCGGGGCACUAAUAAAUGUGGUGCUAGUUCGGAUUGUUUUGGUCGAUGCCAGAAAAUCCAUGAGCCUCAUUGAGCUGGGCAAUCCUUCUCAGAGUCUGGAGAAUGUGUGUCGCUGGGCUUUCGAACAGCAGAGGAAGGACACUAAUGAUAAAGAUUACCAUGAUCACGCCAUCUUUCUCACUCGUCAAGAGUUUGGACCCACAGGGAUGCAGGGUUAUGCUCCUGUCACAGGCAUGUGUCAUCCUGUACGGAGCUGCACUCUCAACCACGAGGAUGGUUUCUCGUCUGCUUUUGUCGUGGCACAUGAAACCGGCCAUGUGUUGGGGAUGGAGCAUGAUGGGCAGGGGAAUCGUUGUGGAGAUGAGGUGCAGAUGGGGAGCAUCAUGGCCCCACUGGUGCAGGCUGCUUUCCACCGCUUCCACUGGUCCCGCUGCAGUCAGCAGGAACUGGGCCGCUAUCUGCAUUCGUAUGAUUGUCUCCGUGACGACCCGAUGGAGCCCAAAUGGGAGAAGCUUCCGCACCUGCCCGGGAUGGAUUACUCCAUGCACGAACAGUGUCGCUUUGACUUUGGGGCCGGAUACAUGAUGUGCACAGCGCUGCAAAAGGUGGGGCAAUCAGGAGCCCAGUAUCGCCCCUUUGACCCCUGUAAGCAGCUUUGGUGUGCUCACCCAGACAAUCCCUUCUUCUGCAAGACCAAAAAAGGUCCACCCAUUGAUGGAACUAAAUGCGGUGAUGGCAAGCACUGUUUUAAAGGCCACUGCAUGCAUCUGACUCCAGACAUCAUAAAAAAGGAUGGAAACUGGGGGAUGUGGAGUGAGUUUGGCGCCUGCUCUCGCCCCUGUGGAAGGGGACUACAGUUUCGCACCCGAGCUUGUGACAAUCCGCUUCCAGCUAACGGUGGACGUUCUUGCUCUGGCCCAAGCUAUCAGUUCCAGAUGUGUAAUACACAUGAAUGUGAGGACCCGUACCAUGACUACAGAGCCGAGCAAUGUAGAAUAAUGGACAACAAGUUUGAGUACCAGAGUACCUGGCACCACUGGCUGCCUUAUGAACACUCUGACCCUAAGCAUCGCUGCAAAUUGUACUGUCAAUCCAAAGAGACGCGAGCUGUAGUCAACAUGCAAACUCAGGUGGAACCUGGGACAAGCUGCUCCUACAAAGAUCCCCACAGUGUGUGUGUGUACGGAGACUGUGAGAAAGUGGGCUGUGAUAAUGUGGUUGGAUCAGGUCUACAGGAAGAUAAGUGCGGCGUCUGCGGGGGAGACGGAACCAAGUGCAAGACUCACAAGUUUAACUUCACCUUUGUACAGAAGAAAGGUGUCAUUAAAGUGCUUGAAGUUCCCAGAGGGGCAAGACAUCUCUUAAUCCAGGAACUUAAUGGAACUACUCACAUUUUAGCUGUCAGGAAUAAAGCGUCAGGCGAUUUCUUUCUCAACGCACAUGGAGACUACCCAGAGACGCGCUCAAUCAUUGAAAAAGGUCUGGAAUGGGAGUAUGAAAAUAAAAACAACAGGGACACCAUUCAAACCAGCGGACCCUUGAAAAACGACGUGGUUGUCAUGAUUCGAAUGCAUGGAUCGGCCAAGGUGAAGGUGUCGAUCAAAUACAUCACAGACAGUGACAGACUAAGUGACGGAGCCAAUGAGAAUAACAUGGUCCCUGAUAAUGCUGUGCCAUACUCCUGGGUGGUGAAGAGAUGGACACCUUGUUCCAAGACAUGUGGAGGAGGUAUUCAGAUGGCGCGUUAUGGCUGCAGUAAAAACGCAGAGAUGAGGAUGGUCCAUCGCAGAUUCUGUGAGAAACUUAGGCAGCCUCCGCCCCUGUUUAGAGACUGUUACCAGAGAGAGUGUGCUCAGCCCAUCUGGGUGGCUGGAGAGUGGGGUGAAUGCAGUAAGUCUUGUGGGAAGACUGGCACUCAGACACGCUCUGUAAGAUGUGUCCAGCCUCUAGUUGACGACAAGAUCAAAUCCAUUCGCAGCCGUUACUGCAGUGAUGAGCGCCCAGAGUCCCGCAGAGACUGCAAUCGCAACCUGUGCCCUGCGGAGUGGAGGCUCGGCCCCUGGUCACAGUGCUCAGUGACGUGUGGUAAUGGUACGCAGGAGAGGCAGGUGCUUUGUCACACCCGUGACAACACCAUUGGACUGUGUCUGGACUCCAAACCAGCUGCAUUAAGACCCUGCAGAAUGGAUCCCUGCCCAAGGAGCACUUCCGACUUCAACAAGCACGGCAACUUCCUGAUACAGUGGUUGUCGCGUCACGACCCCAAAUAUCCUGUGCAGAGGAUGUCAAAAAGUUGUCACGGUGACCGUUCUGCAUUCUGUCGCAUGGAGAUGCUGCAUCAGUAUUGCUCCUUGCCGGGCUUCCAGCGCAUGUGCUGCAAGUCCUGCAAUGUUGGCAAUUCCACAAAGACCACUGUGACCUCAAGUAAGCCACCAUCCAAAUCAAAAAUCACCGCUAAAGGACGAUCCACCACAACCCAAAGUCCUGCACGCACCACAGGGACCUCCACAGCAGCCUUUUUGUUGUCUACAGAAGGGGAAAGUGCCACAUUUGUGAGCACACCUUGGUUAUAUAAAGCCUUGACAACGUCAACUGAUACUAACGGAUAUACAUCUGUACCCAUUUAUCUAUAUACUACAACUCCUAUCUAUAAACACGCUAGUCCAGAACAGAGCACAUCCUUUGCCUUUACUACACCAUCUAGGAUAAUAUCUGCGCCUGGAAAUGACAUGACUGAAUUACCUGUUAGCACGGUUUCUGCAUCAACAAGGAUCACAUCUGCACCUGUUAAAGACAUGGCAAACAGCACCAAACUACCUGUCAGCACUGUUUUCCCCAUCAUUUACAGAGAUCUGAAUGAUGUUACUCUCAAUCCCAGCACCACCUUCCAGUUUACAGAGUUUGAUGGGAGUAGUGGUGCACUAGAUGUGGACACCAGUGCGUUAUUGCAGUCAACAACUAGUCAGAAUGGUCUGAAUGAAAGCGAAUUAACAACAUCAGUCAAUGUGGACAUGAGCAUCCCAGUGACAUCUGUAGCAGAGGUGCUAACAACCACUAAAGAAGAAGAACCCUUGGUGCCAACCUUUAUAUCUUCAACUUCCAGUACACCACUGUCCAGUACAACGGCAUCCGACAUAGAGAAGAUGAGCAGACAGCCGAAUAAAGUGAAAGAAGCGGGUGAGAGCAAUGCUAUUGAUACACUGUAUCAAAUAAUCCCAUUGGACAAUGGGUUUCCUGUGAAUAACAUCAUCCCCAGGAGAGGACGAGUGUUUCUGCGCGAGAAAACACGGAAUAAGCGCAUCCAAGAACUGCUUGAGGAAAAGCGGAACUUUUUAAGGAGGUUGAAAAGAGCACAGGGGAUUUGAGCCCUGUCCGGUUUCUCUUAUAGAGAUAAAGCUGCCAAAUGAAACUCUUGAAUCCAGAUUUCAUCUUGGUACUUGCGUCAAGAAUUUGAAAACUUGAUGCUUUUCCGUCUUUGAAUGGUAUGGCAAACUGAUCUUUGUGGAACAAAACCACUAGCAAGUGUUUGCACAGUUUCUAUGAACCUCAACCACAUCUUUUUUCUUCCUACCAUAGAACACAAAAACCAAGAUAUUUUUAUGUAAUUUUCCAUAUUAAAUAGGUGAAUGGUAGUGAGUAGCUGUGAAGCUCCAAAAAUGACAAUAAAACAUCAAACAAGUUCUGACACCAUGUAUUUUGCAAGAAGAUUUUGCAUUUUUCACAGACAGUAUCAUAAAUAAAUCAUAAAUCUUUUAAAUCACUCACAUUCCAGGAUAUUCAAACGGAUCGUUAAGAUUUAUAUGGUUCUGUUUUGUCAAUUUUGAAAGCUUGACUGCUUCUUGUCCCCAUCCCCAUUCAAUCAAUGGAAAAAAAGCAACAUGAAAAAGAAUAGGAAGUCAACAAGAGAUUGAGUGAAUGAUGAUAGAAAUUUCAUGUUUGGAUGAUCUAAAAAUCAUAGAAAGAGAUAAACUUGUGCGUCUUAAUAAAAUGUUUUUGCCCAAAUAUGCUCAAUGACCAAUACAGACGAUAGGCUCAUACUGUGCUAUGGGUAAAUUAGCAUAGAUCUUUUUCAUUUUUUUCAUUUUGCACCAUUCUGAAAUGUACAUGUUGGCUAGGUAGUGUUUCAGCUGCACAUUUUAUCAUAAAAAAUGACUAUCUAUAAAAAAAUUAUUUUACAGAGUCAAAAAUAUGGAACCUGUGGUGGUGAUGUGAAAAAUGAGCAGAGGGAAAUGAAUCAGAGUUAGGUGAGAACAUAACAAAACAUGACAUGCAGUUAAUAUUCUUAUCUACAGUAUAUUACAGCCUCAUCGGUUCAUGUAUCUGUGAUAAGAAAACAAUUACAAGGUUGUCUUAACUGAUGAGCCAUCUGACAAGAACAAUUCAGGGAUGCACUGUGCUACUGUACAUACUGUACAUACAGAUGCAAAUUGUAUGCUUGUGAAUUAUAUUUACUUCACCAGUAUGCAAGCUUAUGCUAUAACUUUAUAAGACCAGGUCAAGAUGAUGUAUGUUUGUAUUUGUGAGAUAAUGAUUUGUUAUAAGAAUGCUCUAUACCGCUACCCAAAGACGUCAACGACUCCUUCAUUAUGUAAAAAGCAGAAGAAAAUGUCAAAAACAGAAAUAAAUUUUAUAUAUUGCAAAAAGAGUUUGAGAGUUUUACAUUUCUCCUACACAUUUUCUUGUGUUUUUACAGACAUUUUUAAAUUUUGAUUAUUUCAGAUGGUUUAUAAGUAUAUUAAAUGCUAAAGCUAUAUGUAACAAUUUAUUAUAGUUUUCUCCAUAGUUUGCUUUUAAAUACUUGAAUGUGCAAC